AUGGCAUUGCGGUGGAAAGUGUUUUCCCUCGCAACCGUGUGGCUGCUUGCUGCCGCCCAAAAUCACGACCUCACAAUGUCGCGAAUGGUGCGUGGCGCAAUCGAAGCAGGCGAUAGUGGCAACGGCCAACGGCCAGUCUCGCCGACGACGGUGGCGGUCAGUACGAACACCGAUACGACGACGGACGAUAGUGAUCCGCGCUGCACCAACGUGGACAUCCGGAACGAUCUGCGGCGCCUGAAGCAGAUCGAAAACUGCACCGUAAUCAAUGGGUUCCUGCAGAUGGUGCUGAUCGAGCGCGUGCCGAGCGAGGAGUUUGAAAAGUACAGCUGCAAGAACCUGAGAGAGGUAACGGGGUACAUGCUGUUCUUUCGCGUCAUCAAUCUCGUGACGCUGCGGCGACUAUUUCCGCAACUGGCAGUCAUCCGCGGGCAGCAGCUGAUCGGCAACUAUGCGCUGGUGUUUUACUACAUGGAGAACAUGAUCGAGCUUGGACUGAAGAAUCUGGUAGCGAUCCAGCGCGGCUUCGUGUACACACUGCACUGCCCUCAGUUAUGCCAUCUAGAUACGAUUGAUUGGGCCGCAAUCAGCGGGCUGGAGAAUGGUACGAAAAGCCAGAACUCGUUCGAACCGCCCAAAUCGGUGUGCAACAACUCGACGGUGUGCCGGGCCUGCGUACCGACCUACUGCUGGGGCAGCGAAAGCUGCCAAAAGUUCUACAACGGCUACAACUUUAAUGGUCGCAUCAAGUGUCACCCACAGUGUCUGGGAGGUUGUACUGGAACGUCCGCGACCGAGUGUAAGGUGUGCCGGGGUUGGAAGGAAGGCAAACGAUGCGUCGAGCAGUGUUCCGCUGAUCGCCUACUGUACCGUCCAACGAAGCGCUGCAUCACGAAAGAAACCUGCCUGGAGCGGAGCGGGCUGCUGUACCAGAACGAGUGUGUGCUCGAGUGCCCGGCCGGCUACAGUACGACCAACGUAGACCAGGAGCAGGCCGAUUUUUCCGACCACAAGUGCUACCCCUGUCUGUACCGGUGCCCGAAGGUGUGCGACGGCAUCGAGAUUAUGUAUCUGGCCGAUGCCGAUCGGAUGCGCGGCUGCACGAUCGUGAACGGUACGCUGCACAUCCGGCUGAAGGAGGACCACCCGAACCUGGUCGACGAGCUGCGGAACGGGCUGAGCGAUGUGGAGGAAAUUAUGGGCAAUCUGAAGGUGUUCCGCUCCACCUUCAUCCCGUCGCUCGAGUUUCUCGCCAACCUGCAGAUCAUCCACGGGGUGGACGUGAACGAGAACGCCAAGUUUUCGCUGAUGGUGUACGAAAACAGCAACCUGCAGCGGCUGUGGAACUUUGAGCAGAAAACGAACCUCCGGCUGGACAACGGCGGCAUGUACUUCGCCAACAACAAGCUGCUGUGCGGUGCGCAAAUCAAGCUGCUGCGCCGCGUCACCGACUACAACAAUGCGAGCGACACGAUCGACUGGAGCUCGAACGGGUACAUGCAGGCGUGCAACGUGCAAACGUUCCACGUCCGCGCGUCGGUCCUGUCGAGCCGGAACGCGACGCUCUACUGGCGGAACGAGCCCAACAUCAAGACGCACCACCGGCUGACGGGCUACCUGGUCCACUGCAUCCGCACGGAGGUGGACCGCUCGCCAUACGAAGAUCGGGAGCUCUGUUCCAAGUUUGGCUGGAAGUCGCGGCUGGUUCCGCUGGAGGGCGUCCGCAUUGAGGGCAGCUACUACGCGUACAGUCUGACCCGGCUGAAGCCGUACACCCGGUACGGGUGCUACGUGCAGACGUACUACAACGAGUCGGUCAACAAUGCGACCGAUCCGGUGGGCAUGUCCGACAUGGUGUACUUCCGCACGGCCAAGGACCGGCCGACGUCGCCGCUGCGCGUGCACACGGCGCGCAAGAACGAGAGCACGAUCACGCUCGCCUGGGCGAUACUGGCGUCCGAGCAGGGCAUGGUGUCGCUGUACCAGGUGGACGUGUUCCUGCAGCCGGACGAGGUGGCCAAGUUCGACCGGCGCAACUACUGCACGCAUCCGCAUCAGGCGAGAAGCGUGCACAGUGAGCAGGCGCCGGGUGAGGGAAGCUGCACCCGGGACACGUGCUGGGGCUGCGAUCAGCUCGAGUACGAACAGGAGCUGGAAGAGGAGGAGGAGGAGGAAGAGGAGGAGGAUGAGGAUGAUGAGCUGACCACACCGGAUGACUUUUUUGCCGAGCACACGUCGUCGGAGGAUGGGGGUCGUAUUGGAGGGCGCCGGAGGAAGCGUUCCACCGAACGGCCUGGCCGCCGCCGGGUGGAUGACUUUGAGACGAGCAUGCUGAAGCUGCUCAAAGUGGCCGACACGCUCGAAGAUCAUUACGCGCGGCGUACGCGCCGCGACGCAGCAACGGAGAUCGAGUUUGUGAAUCGACUCUUUUACCACACCUUCACGACGGACAACUACGAGUACACGGUGACGGGGCUGAGUCCGUUCACGCGCUACGUGUUCCAACUGUUUGCGUGCAGCGAGAACGAUGCCGUGUACUGCAGCUCGUACAGUCUGUACACCGAUCGGACCAACCCGUCGCCGUACGUCGAUCGAGUUAAUGUGAGCGUUGAAAUGAAGGAGCAAGAGCUGGUACCAACUGGUCCCGAACUGAUGGCACCUAAAAAUCACAGCUCCGUGGAAGGAAACGCGACCAUCAUCACCACAACGACGCCCCCUGUCUCGAUCGUAAAGACGACGUACGGCGAUCGUAUCGUGCUGUACUUUCCCGAACCGACCGAAGUGAACGGUCUCACCGUGGCUUACCGCGUCGAGCGGGAGGUUAUCAAUGGGACAUACCUGAAGCGGCACACGGAUUGUUUCACGCGGCUGGAGCACGAGCGCAACCGGUAUCGCUACACGAUCCAGGGCGUUACGCCCGGCGAGUAUCUGCUUCGAGUGCAGGCGAUCUCGCUAGCAGGAGCCGGUCCGUUCUCCGAGUGGAUGCUUGUGCGGGUGCUUCAGCCGUUGCCUCGGAAGGCGGUGGGCACUGGGAAAGGGUUGCGCGAUGGAUUGAUUGCGCUGCUCGUGCUGCUACUGUUGGGCGGUGGUGGUGCGCUGGCGUUCUACCUUUGCCGGCGUCGUCGGCGGCCGUUCCGGCGGGACGAUAAGAUACCGCUCGCCGCCAACGAUGGCAAUGAGAUCAAUCUGGACGAUGGGUUUGUAAACUGCCCGUUGAAGUAGUAACGACCAGCUAACGCAAAGCCCAAAAUGUGAGAAAUAGGUCAAUUGCAUCUCAACAAGGUUUGAUUGCCAUUUUUUUGCUAAGAUUUAAGGAUGGAAGCGUUUUAUCAUUUAAGUAGCACACAUAGGCAACCGUUUUACCAAGUAAUAGGCUUGCUGUCCCUCUUAUCCUGCAGCUCUUCCCUCCAGUGUUUAAUUAAUUGUGUGUUUUUUGUGGUAAAUUUGAACAAAUGAUCGUCGAUCGUACACACGAUCAUUUAUAGAGGACAGCGACAGGACCUUUGUCAAACAAAAUGCUGCUUGGAGAUUAGAUAGGAACAAAAUUAUAAUAAGCAAUUAGAGACAAACAGAAAAAAGGAGACGAUGAAAGACUUAUUGGUAGGAAUAUUGCACACAAAACAAAAAUGGAAUCGAUGUUCAUCCAGACUACGCGUCCCCCUAGCAGCAAGGACACAUCUUGAGUAUGUUCUUAAGUGGUACAAACAAGCAUUUUUCUAGAUUUAGAUCAACCCUCUGCUGUAAGUCCCACUAAUAGACUAAACCUUUCUAUUUAGUUACUUUAUUGAUUUUACCCAUGGCAGGAUCGUCACAGACUCGCGUAUUAAUGGCUCUCGGGCGGUCUAUACGGACUUACAAGCUCAAAACGACCCGCUAUGACCACACUGAGUAGGUCAUAACAACUAACGAGGAGAAAAUUGUACAAAAAACAUACAGCUAGAUUGCUUUGUACAAAUCAAAGACUUGCACUACCAUGUCAAAUAGGGUUAAUUAGUAAUCACGCAUCGGUUACCACAGUAUACUCGUUCGUUUCAUUUUAAAGUAAACAAAUUUUAUAUUCAAACAUGUAUUGUAAGAUACGGGGUUUUCGAAGAGUUCUCAAACCUGUGGGACACUUUAUUACCUCUUUCUUAUGUGAAACGAUCAUAGUAUAAUGGGAAAUGGACUAUAUAGCACUCUAGUUGGCCAAGUCUUAUAGGAAUCUCCAAGCAGCCUGUCCUGUGAAGUUCACUUCCCAUAAGAAAGCAUUAAGGAAGUGUUCCACAACUAUGAGAGACCCCUGGAAAACCCUGUAAACAAUCAAAGACAAGCCAAAAUAGGCAUUUACAUGAAACCAAAUAAUCAAAUUCGAAUGCCACAAUAUGUGGGACGAAUUGUAUUCUUCCUUGAUUUUGUUUUAAAUAUCAUUACUAUUUUAGCAUCCCUGUGAAUGGCUCAAUAGCGGACACCACUAUUCUAUGGUAAAGUUAAAUAAAAUAUAGUUUUGCUCCAUUUCUCCCCACAAUAAUUGAUCG